GUUUACAAAGGUGAAUCCGCUUUUCUUUUCCCUGAAAAAAGGGCUGAAGGGAACUGACUGCUGGACUGCAAUGGCCACUUGUCUCCGGAAGCUCCUUCGGAAAUCACCACCCACGAAAGCAAUUUCUGCUUUGCACAGCCCACAAGCACUGAAUCCCACACCACUUCCCAUUCUUCAACCCCAAAUCCACUGCUCUGAACCCAGAGCAAACCAUGGACAGACCUCCUAUUAUCUCCCUCUCCUUUUGGGAACUCAAAGCUGACAACUUGACGCCUUCGACCCAUUCUCAGUCUUCAGUUUUCUAUCCAGGCUUCCCAUUUGGGUUAAUUUCAGACCCGAUUUCGUUACCUGGGUCGAUACAAUCCGAGCCGGACGAUGAUGUUUCAGGUGGUUCUGGGACUAUUUGGGCUGACAGUGUAAAGAAGAAGAGAAAGAAUAAGAUGAACAAGCACAAGUACAAUAAGCUAAGGAAGCGUCUUAGGAGAAAGACUUAAAUUCUUUCUUUUGGUGAGAUUUUUAAUGUUUUCAAUGGAAAUCUGUUAGAUUUUGCUAAUUUUUUCCCCUCCAAUUCCUCAUUAUUGUGUUUUAUAGACCUAAAGAUUACUACUUUUGGUGAAGAGAUUGCUCAAUAGCUUGGACGAGAAACUUUAGAUUAUAGUUAUGGUGGCAUAAAACAAACUCUGCUGUUAGAAUAUCAUGUUUUGAUAUUAAAGUUAUGGCAUUCUUGAAGUUAAUUGAUCAGGAUAGCUUAAAUAAAGCUAUGCCAGGAUGCACAUGAAAAUCAUUAUGAUCUAUAUUUUGUAAUAAUUUUUGCAGCCAUGGUUAUGAGGUUAUCUCUUUGAGUAUAGCUGUAAAUGCAGGGUAAAGAUAUCUGGAGGCAAGAUUGUCAACUUGUUUGUUAUUCUAAAGAUUUGAGUUCCUUUUAUUCUUUGACAUUUAGCCCUCUCUGCUACCAUCCAUUGUUGGUUUAGUGAGACCUUGAGUUUUGUGCUGGCUUCUGAUAUUUUAUGAACUUAGAGACGCUAGCACACUUUCCUGAAGAGAUUGGAUUUGUUUCUUACAUUAUUGAGCUGUUUGAUGGCAAUAAUGUUUUUUUAUUGCUAACUUUGAUAUUAUAACUCCAGAAAUGAAAAUUUCUGAAUUCA